UUGGAGUCCGGCAGCGGCCCCCGCGCGGCGGGGGGAGGAGGCGUGCUUGAUUUUUAAAGGGCCAGUAGCGGAAGAAAGUUGCGGGGAGAGUUUCCUGAGGGGGCGCUUCUUCGGGCUUCCUGAUCCGUCCUCGUCCGGCCCCUUCAGGGUGGCAGCAACGCACCGCGCCUUGGUGGGGCCGACCGUCUGGGGAGCCUCGGCCGCAGAAUGGAGCAGGCAGCGCCUAAAAGCAAGCUAAAAAAGCUCAGUGAAGACAGCUUGACUAAACAGCCUGAAGAAGUAUUUGAUGUCUUGGAGAAGCUUGGUGAAGGGUCUUAUGGCAGUGUAUUUAAAGCUAUUCAUAAAGAAUCUGGACAAGUCGUAGCAAUUAAGCAAGUCCCUGUUGAAUCGGAUCUACAGGAAAUAAUUAAAGAAAUUUCUAUAAUGCAACAAUGUGACAGCCCUUAUGUUGUCAAGUACUAUGGCAGCUAUUUUAAGAACACAGACCUCUGGAUUGUUAUGGAGUACUGUGGAGCUGGUUCUGUCUCAGACAUAAUUAGAUUACGGAAUAAAACGCUUACAGAAGAUGAAAUUGCAACCAUUCUUAAAUCUACCCUUAAAGGACUUGAAUAUUUGCACUUCAUGAGAAAAAUACAUAGAGAUAUAAAGGCUGGAAACAUUCUCUUGAAUACUGAGGGGCAUGCCAAGUUAGCUGAUUUUGGAGUGGCUGGACAGUUAACUGAUACAAUGGCAAAACGUAACACUGUCAUAGGUACUCCAUUUUGGAUGGCCCCAGAAGUAAUACAAGAAAUCGGAUAUAACUGUGUGGCAGACAUUUGGUCCCUUGGUAUUACUUCAAUAGAAAUGGCUGAAGGAAAGCCACCAUAUGCUGAUAUUCAUCCAAUGAGGGCAAUAUUUAUGAUUCCUACAAAUCCCCCUCCAACAUUCCGGAAGCCGGAGCUUUGGUCUGAUGAAUUCACUGACUUCGUGAAAAAAUGUCUAGUGAAGAAUCCUGAGCAGAGGGCUACCGCAACCCACCUUCUGCAGCAUCCUUUUAUUAAAAAUGCCAAGCAAGUCUCAAUUCUGAGAGACCUGAUUACUGAAGCUAUGGAAAUUAAGACCAAAAAGCAUGAAGAACAGCAGAGGGAACUGGAAGAAGAGGAUGAAAACUCGGAUGAAGAUGAGCUCGAUUCCCACACCAUGGUGAAAACUACAUCCGAGAAUGCAGGUACAAUGAGGGCCACAAGUACAAUGAGUGAUAGUGCUCAGACUAUGAUUGAACAUAACAGCACCAUGCUAGAGUCGGACUUGGGGACCAUGGUAAUAAACAGUGAUGAUGAUGAUGAAGAAGAAGAUGAAGAUGGAACCAUGAAAAGAAAUGCUACAUCACCACAGGCUCAGCGACCUUCAUUUAUGGACUACUUUGAUAAACAGGAUUCCAAGAAUAAGGGUCAUGAAAACUGCAAUCAGAAUAUACAUGAAUCUUACCACAUAUCGAAGAAUGUUUUCCCUGAUAACUGGAAAGUUCCCCAAGAUGGUGACUUUGAUUUUCUAAAAAACCUAAGUUUGGAAGAGCUGCAGAUGAGGUUGAAAGCUUUAGAUCCGAUGAUGGAGCGGGAAAUUGAAGAGCUUCGUCAAAGAUAUACUGCUAAGAGACAACCAAUUCUGGAUGCUAUGGAUGCAAAAAAAAGAAGGCAACAGAACUUCUGAUUUUCAUACUUAAGAAGAUAAUGCUGCAAGUUGUUGUGGACACUGGGAGAGUCUUCAUAACUACAGGUUUUGAAAGACGAGUACUUCGUGCUUUGCAACAACUAAAGCAAAAGUACUAAAGAAAAGCACGUUAAAUGUCCUUGAGCCCAAGUGAAAAAUCUGCUCUGUUUUUCAUGUUUUAAUACAAUAGAAGUUUCACAUUCCUGAUCUCUUUCAGCAGUGUUUCAGUAAUGCUGUGUGUUAUGCAGUAAUGAGUUGAGGCCCUGGUUAGACUUAAAGCUAUUUCAAAUUUUCCAAUUAAUGCAGAGCUUUAAGUGGCAAUGUAUGCGCCUAACAUUUAAAGGCAUAUUUAUUCCACAUGCUUAGGUGAUUUAUUUAUUUUUAUGCUUAAUGCUUCUUAACUAUAAAUGGUGCUUGCAGUUAGUACUAGUGGAAACCAGGACAGAAUAAGUUAAGUGUAUGUUUAUGGUCACACUCUAAAUAGAAUGUAUUGCUGUAUUAAGGCCUGACUCAGGUAAAGAGGGUUAGCUCCAGCUGGCUUGUAAGCACACACAUGGGUCUCAUGGGGUUUUAGUCAGGAGCUUGAUGUUGAGUGUAGAGAAAUUCUUACAUAAGGAUGGAGCAUGCAGUCUACUCUCUUGGGCAUCUCUCUUUGAAAAUUACAGGGUUAUACAGUCUUAAGCAACUCCUUUUUCCAGGGGACUUGCACUGGAGAAAUUCCAAGUGGGUUUUGUCUUAAGUCUGUCCCUUUCACUUAUAUUAGGCAGGAUCUUACAAUGUAAGAAACAAGUGCCUAUGUACUGUGUUUUCUUUCUCUCUCUCCCUCUCUGUCCCUCCCUCCUUCCCCCUUCUUUUUAAUACAGAAAAAAUGCAGAUCACUAAUUUUACAGUGCAUAUUUCUAUCUGUCACUAUUUUUCAUUUUUCAUAAUUUUCAAUAUCUCAUUUGACUCCACAAUAAAGAUAAUCUUAUUCUAAUAAGCUAGCAUGAUUUUUUUUUUGCUUACUUUUUCACUCCACUUACCUUUUCCCCCUUAUUUUAUUGAAAUUUGGAAAUGUUUUCCUAUUACAAACACACUCUGAGAAACACUAAUUGAAAAGCCAAAGAAAAUUACUCUGAUUCCAGCAUUCUUUCGUGUUUUCUCUUUGUUUUCUUUUUUUCCUGGUAGUUUCCCCUUCAACUGCUCUUCUUUGUAAUCUUUCCCUGGUAAUAUGUUUGUCACUGUAGGUAUCCUAGUACUGUUGUAUAGAUCUUUUUGUCUGUUAUCUUGCGUGCUUUCUUGGAAAUAUGCUCUUUAAAUUGAAUAUCUUCAGUAUGUUGUAGGGUCCCCCCCGCCCAGCUUUUGAUUUAUUCUUCUGUCUAGUAUGUGAAAUGUAUUGUUUGUUGUCUGUAUAGACAGCUACUUUUGUAUGCUUAUGGAAUCCAUUUUGUAAGUCGUGUUACAAUUAUGCUAACAGGGACCACAGGUUUAUUUCGUCCUGACCUUCCCCCUCACCACUAAUUUACAUGGUAAAAUUCUGGAUUUUAGUGAAUUGUCCAUAUGCUCUACAGUCAUUGUGAACCACUUACAUUAUGCACUGAAAACUGGAAAACCACACAGCAUAUUCUGAAAAGCCUUAAAAUAAUUUAAAUAAAUUACCAUUCCUUUAUAUUUCAGCUGAGAACAAUUUUACCAUUGUAUGAGUACAUGUGCAUAGCUUGAAAUCCAAAAUAUAAAUUGAAAAUCACUUAACCUUUUAUAGCUUAAAAAAGCUGCUAUAAACCCUAAUUUUUUAAAUAAAUGAAAUAGAAAAAGUUAUGGUGCAAACCUCACUGGGGCUGAUGUCUCCUACUGUUUUUCAUAUCAGAUUUAUUGCAAUGUACUGUGAAUUAUUAUUUUUUAGGUAAGGCAUCUAAAUCAUUUUACUAAAUGACAGGCAGAUAUAUAGUUAAUUAUAAGUGAUUCUAAUGUGAAUGUUCUUCCUAAUACAUUUUAUAAUAAUCUAUGAUACAGAAGAAUCCCAAUACAUGACUGGUAAUAUGGGCACCCUCCAUCCUAAGAGUUGAAAUACAAGCAGAGUUGUAUGUCAUAAGAGCUGCCAAGACUGUGCUAGAGUCUGUAGAAUGCAAGUAGGAUAGAACUCAACAGUUAAGAAUGAUUCCUAUUUGUAACUCUUAGCCAGUAUAUGACUGCAUAAGUUCUUGGAUCUAAAAGUGCAGGAACCAGUCAUGGUCCCACCCUGAAAAAAAAAAAUCCCAGUACUGAAACAGCAUUAGCGAUUGCUCCUUGAAUAAGUGGAAAGACCAACAUUCACUGCUGGUGACAAGGAGUCCAGAACCCCAUUGUUUCAUACAGAGCUAGGAGUGAACUGUUGCAAUACAGUCUUAUCAGUAUUCACUGAGAAAUAUGUUCAAGUGUAAUGAGAUUAGUCCCAAGUAAGUGUUCAUUGACCAACAAGAACGCUUCUUUAAUGUCCUCAGUUUUUCAGAGCAUUUUGAAAUCUUGUACAUUUUUUAAAAAAUGAAUGUCUAAAUCACUUCUUUUUCAGAUCUGUGAAAAAUACCAAAAAGAUUAAUCAAGGCAUCAGCCUUGGCUUUUCCUGGUGUGCCUUAUGCAUAAUUGACUUUAACCAAUUCAAAAUUACUCAAUUCUUUCUUUUGGUAUUGCUUUGAUUAUUAUUAACACAGUGAAAUCCAGAAAGACGAUUUAUGUAGGCUAAGACAUACACAUAACACUUGGAAAGAUCUCUGUUCAGAUACUAACAUAGUUUUGACAUGUACAUGUUGGUGUAAGAUAUACACAAUCUUCACUCUUUCCUCAUGCUGUCCUUUCCUCUCUUCUUGACUUGCCAAAGUUACCCAGGAAGUUUUCAGUAAGUAUAAUCAUAGUUUUCCAUUGCAUUCAGGUAGCAAACUAGGGUUCAGAACAAACCAGUAAUUUACAAACAGUUGCAAACUGUCAUUUCAGAUUGUAUCUUGCUCUGAAGCUACCUGUAGUUUCCAGGUGCAAAUAUAAUAGAAACCCAUGAUUAUCUGAAGACUUCCUGAGUUAAUUGCAAUACACCAAGACAGGAAGGAACAAAGCCAGGAUUGAAGGCAAGGGCACAAGACAAAUAUUUUUUAUUUCCAAUGUAUUUUAUUUUUUUGUGAUGCUUGCUUUAGUCUCUGCUGCUUAUAAUUGAUUGGUGUUUUAAAUGAUAAUUGUUGAUUGUUUUAUUGUGUUAUUUUAAUUUGAGUUAUAUGGACAAUUUGUGCUUUUAUUGUAAGUUAAGCUGAGAGAUGUUAGCUAGAGGAUGAGUGAUCAUUCUUAGGAUAAAAUAAAUUAAAGUUUACAUCUCUCUCUCUCUCUCUCUCUCUCUCUCUCUCUCUCUCUCUCUCUCUGCUUAAAAAGCUGAGAAUGUUACAUCCUGAAUGGGCCAGUGAAUAUCACACUUGUCCUCUCACUCCAGAAAAUGGAACUAUAGUGAACACCAUAGUUUAAAAGUUUAUUCUCAAACAAUUUCAUUUUCCAAAGCAAAUUAAAUUGCAGAAGUAGCACACAAAAUACACUAUUUGGAAUUCCCUUAAUUUCUCUACAGUUAGUUUAGUAUUAACUAUAGUAGUUUGAAGAGAUAAUUUGAUUUUAUCACUGUUAAUAAAUCAGGCAACAAGUUGUAUAAUAAAAAUGAAAUUUAGGGAUAGGAGUUAUAUGCAAUUGACCUUUUUUAUUAUUUCAUAUUUAUUAAUGUUUACUGAAACAUGCAUUACUUGUGCCCACAACCACUUUUAUUUCCACUGAAAACAUACAUCUUUGUGAAAUACUUUUUUUAAACUAAAACUUGCAAUAAUUCUAGUAUUGACCUUGUGAAAUUUUAACUCAGUUUGGUUUAUGGUUUGUUUUCUGUCUCAUAUAUAAAAGUUUUAAUGUUUUAAAGUACAAUUUCCCCAAACCCUGAAAGAUAAUUGUUUGUUACCAUUUUGAAUAAAAAGUUAUU